GCAAAAAAAAAAUAAUUCGACGGCGCAGCGCGGUUGGUCGGCGAACUGCCGAAGGGAAAAGAAAAAUGGUGUAGAGUGUAGAAUUAUAAAGAGAAGGAUAACGGCCAAAUGUGGGGAACAUCAUGACAACCGAGGGCGAGUUUGUGGACGGCUGGGUGGUCGCGCAAGUGCUCGGCGAGGGAUCAUAUGGAGAAGUGCGGCUGCUGGUUCACUCGCGGUCGGGUGCGUGUGUAGCGCUGAAGGCGGUACGCGGCGGCGAGGAGGGCAGUGAGGGUGUCGCGGCGGGUGCACGUGAGGCGGCGCUCCAUCGAGCGCUGCGACAUCCGCACGUGCUGCGAUGUCUAGGCGAGCGACGGCACGGCGGCGUGCACUACCUGUUCCUGGAGUACGCGCAGGGCGGAGAGCUGUUCGACCGCAUCGAGCCGGACGCGGGCGCGGGGGCGGCGGCGGCGCGGCGCUGGUGGCGGCAGCUGGCGGCCGGGCUGCGCUACCUGCACGCGCGCGGCGUGGCGCACCGCGACCUCAAGCCCGAGAACUUGUUGCUGGACGCCCGCGACCAACUCAAAAUAUCAGACUUCGGCAUGGCCACGCUCUUCAGGCGCGGCGGUCGCGAGCGGCUGCUGAGCCGCGUGUGCGGCACCGUGCCCUACGCCGCGCCCGAGGUGCUGUCGGCCGAGGCGCGGCCGUACCGCGCGCCGCCCGCCGACGUGUGGAGCGCCGCGCUCGUGUUGGUGGCGCUGCUGGCCGGAGAGCUGCCGUGGGAGCGCGCCGACGAGAGCGACGCGCGCUACGUGCGGUGGGCGGCGCGGGGCGUGGCGGCGGGCGGGCUGUGGUCGCGCCUGCCGCCGCCCGCCGCCGACCUGGUGGCGCGUGCGCUCAGCCCCGCGCCCGCGCACCGCGCGCCGCUCGCAGACCUGCUGGCCGACGGCUGGCUGCUGGACGAGCGCAGCGCAGACGAGACAGACCACAAGCCCGUGGCGCGUAGCGAGCGUGCUUGGUGCUCACAACCGAGCCGGGCAGAGGUGACCGACACGGGGGCGGGUGCAGAGGAACUGAGCGCCGCCGACAUGGAGCAGCUCAUCAGCUAUUCGCAGCCCACGCACCCCGAGGACCUGCUUCUUGCCGAUGGUAGCGGCGAAACACGCGAGGCGGGCGGGCCCGGCGUACUGCAGCAGCUCGUCCGGCGGAUGACGCGAGUGUUCGUGAGCUGCGACGAGGCGCGCGCCUUGGACGCUCUGUGCCGCGUACUGGCCGCGCGCUCGCAUGCCGCGCGAUAUGUCACGCCGCGCACUCUGGCCAUCGAUUGCGGCGAGGUGAAGAUGCGUGCGUGGGCCGUGCGCGUGCGCGGCGGAGCAGCAGCCGAGGGUGCCGUCAUGGUGGAGUUCCGACGAUGGCGUGGUUGCGGGCUGGCGUUCAAGAGACUGUACCGAGGACUGCGGGACGCGCUGCAGGCAGCCUGCGAGGAGCGACGCAUGGACCUGACCUGACGGUAGCCGGCCAACAUGUUAUGUAUAGUUUUGUAUUAAAUCAAUUUUUAUUAAAAUAAAUCAGUUUGUAUUAAAAUAAAUCAGUUUUAAAUUGUCAA